AUGGAAGUGGAACUAAAUUGGUUUCUUCUUUUUCCUCUUACUAUUAUUGUUUUACUUAUGAUCAUACCACCAUUGUUGUGGUAUUUUCUACAUGACAUUAAGCAUGAAUCAAGUCUUCUCCCGCCAGGACCUCCUAGGUUUCCAAUAAUUGGUAACUUGCACCAACUUAACUUUGCGAAUCUCCAUGGCCAUCUCUACCAACUCUCCAACAAAUAUGGCCCUCUCAUGUCUCUCCGCCUAGGCUCCUUAACCGUCAUCGUUGUUUCUUCCGCAGAAUUCGCAAAAGAAGCUUUUAGCACCCAUGACCGUGAACUCGCAGGCCGGCCUACAUUUUACGGCCAAAUGAAAAUAUCCUCUAAUGGAUUAGACAUUGUUUUCUCCCCUUAUGGAGAAUAUUGGAGGCAAAUGAAGAAGACCGUUGUUCACCAUUUGCUAAGCGCCAAGAGAGUUCUCUCCUUUCGUCCAAUUCGCGAGGACGAAGUAUCUCGCACUAUGAACAUCAUCUCCCAGUUUGCGUCUCAAUCCAAGCCAAUCAAUUUCAGCAAGAUAACCGUAUAUCUUGUCAAUUCUAUAAUAUGCAGAACUGCUUUUGGAAAGAGGUAUGAUGAUGAUGAGUAUACAGAGGAUGAGACCAACAGUAAGUUUCAAUAUCUCGUGAAUGAAACUCAAUUAGUCGCGGGAUCAUUCUAUAUGCGCGAUUAUUUUCCUUACUUGGGUUGGGUUGAUAAGCUUGUGGGAAGAACGAGAUGGGUGGAUAAGGUUUGUAAAGAUCUAUAUUUGUUUAUGCAAGAAAUCAUUGAUGAUCAUCUUCAUGUGGAAAGAAAGAAAGGUGAUCAUGAUGAUGAACAUCAAGAGGCCGACAAUCAUAUCGUAGAUCUCUUGCUCCAACUUCAAGAGAACCACUCACUUCCGUUGGAGCUCACAGUGGAUCAUAUUAAAAGCAUAAUAAUGGUAACGUAA